AUGCCUAUCAACCAACCCUCCAACCAGAUCAAGCUAACAAAUGUCUCCUUGGUCCGACUCAAGAAGGCGAAAAAACGCUUCGAAAUCGCAUGCUACAAGAACAAGGUCUUAGAAUGGCGCUCUGGAAUCGAAACCGAUCUCGACAACGUCUUGCAGAUUGAAGGGGUGUUUUUGAACGUAUCUAAGGGACAGACUGCACCAUCGGCGGAUCUCGCAAAGGCUUUUGGUCCAAAAGUGCCUGUGAAGGACAUCAUCCUCGAGAUUCUGAAUAAGGGAGAGCUACAAGUUGGAGAGAAGGAAAGAGCAGCGGCGCUCGAGAGAGUACAUAAUGAGGUCGUCUCAAUCGUGGCGAGCAAACUGGUCAACCCAUCGACUAAAAGAGUGUAUACUACGGGUAUGAUCGAGAAAGCGCUCGAGAUGUUGAGUUCGCAAGGGUCGCAAGCACAGCAGGAAAAGACAGCAGCUGCGGGGAGCGCCACUGGUACGGCAGCAGCUGGAGAAGAGGGAGAGGCCAAACCAAAAGUCAGGGAGCAUACGUGGACUGGAGUUGUUUCUACCAAGAGUUCGAAGAGUCAGGCGCUUGAGGCCAUGAAAGCGCUCAUCGCCCAUCAACCAAUACCUGUCGCAAGAGCGAGGAUGAAGCUCCGGGUCACUUGUCCAAGCGGAAUCCUCAAGUUUACCACCAAGGCUGCAGGCUUGGUUGCCCCAGAUCAAGAUGCCGGGGAGGAGAAGAAAGGGAUGAUCAAAGAUCGUAUUUUAAGCUUCAUCGAGCAGGUGGAAUCGCAAGAUGUUGUUGGAUCCGACUGGGAGGUCAUUGGAUUUGUAGAGCCGGGCGCAUUUAAGGGACUAGGAGAUUUCAUUGGGAGCGAGACAAAAGGUCAAGGAAGAGUGGAGGUGUUGGACAUGGCCGUUACUCAUGAAGAUUAA